GCAACUUAUAUUUUCAUGUGUUGCUGAAUUGGAUCCAUAUUAUGAAAAAAGUCAUAAAAAUUUAUGUCCUGAUCACAAUGCAUCAUUUUUAUCUUGUAUUACAUUUCAAUGGUUCAAUUCAAUGGUGUUUAAGGGAUAUAAAACUUCAUUGACUACUAAUGAUAUGUGGGAAUUGAAAAAUACAAAUAAAACCAAUUAUGUUAUCGAAAAGUUUAACAAAGUAUUUAUACCAAUGACUGAAAAGAAAUGGAAACCAAAAGAUGAGACUUUAAGCAUAAAUAUUAAUAUAUUGACGGCUCUAUUGAAGACAUUUUGGGCUAAUAUACUGUUUGUGGGAUUUCUUAAACUAAUCGGUACUUUAAUGUUAUUCGCUAAUCCAUUAAUAUUAGAUUUAUUGAUUGAAUACAUGACACCAAACAAUAAUGAUCCCAAUUGGAGGGGAUAUUUUUAUGCCACUUUAAUGUUUAUAUCACCGAUGAUUGAAUCAAUUUUUAACAGUCAAUAUGAAUACUAUAACAGUGUUAUGGGUAUGAAUAUGAGAUCAUGUGUUAUAUCAGUUGUCUAUAAAAAGAAUUUAAAACUUUCAAACACCGGUCGAAAAUCCUAUACAACCGGAGAAAUAGUAAAUCUGAUGGCAAUUGAUUCGCAAAGAAUUAUGGAUUUCUUGCCAAUGAUUCACGUGUUGUGGUCGGCGCCCACACAGAUCGGGAUCGCAAUGUUUCUGUUAUGGCAACAGUUAGGUAUUGCAACUCUGGCCGGACUCGCAUUUAUGCUAUUAUUGCUUCCGACCAAUACGUUAAUUGCUGCUAAAAUGAAAGCCAUUGGAAAUAGAGUAAUGAAAAUGAAAGAUAAAAGAGUGAAACUCAUGAAUGAGAUUCUCAGUGGUAUUAAAGUAUUUAAACUGUACUCAUGGGAGACAUCGUUUAAAGAUCAGGUAACAGAUCUUCGGGAGAAUGAAGUGAAGUCACUCUUUACAAUGGCAUACAUAAGCGGUGCUAUGAGUUUCACAUUCAUUGCGGCGCCUUUUUUCGUCGCUUUAUUCAGUUUUACCACUUUUUUGAUGAUAUCUUCAGACAAUAUAUUGGAUGCAAACAAGGCUUUCGUAUCACUUUCUCUUUUCAAUAUAAUGAGACUUCCACUCGGAUUUCUUCCACACUUAUUAUCGUUUGGAGCAUUGUUUUUAGUAUCUGUGCGAAGAAUUAAUGAAUAUCUGAAUGCUAAUGAAAUCGAUGAGAACUGCAUUACUCGACACAAUAACACCGAAACACCAAUAGUGAUGGAAAACUCGAGUUUCCAGUGGAGUAAUAACAGUCCGACAGUCCUUAAAAAUGUUAAUCUAAGAGUUAAGCGAAAUAAGUUGGUUGCUGUUGUAGGUCAGGUUGGAUCAGGUAAGUCAUCUCUAUUGGCGGCACUAUUGGGAGAGUUGGAAAAAUUAAAUGGUAUCGUAAAUGUAAGCGGAAGUGUUGCUUAUGUACCACAAGAAGCAUGGAUUCAGAAUUCAACUCUAAGACAAAAUAUUUUGUUUACGAGUUCAUACAAUGAAAAGUUUUAUAAAAAAGUUUUAGAGACCUGUGCUAUGGAACCGGAUUUAAAGAUAUUAUCCGCCGGAGAUAUGACCGAAAUCGGCGAAAAAGGCAUUAAUAUAUCGGGCGGUCAAAAACAACGCGUAUCACUUGCACGGGCUGUCUAUGCAAACGCAGACAUUUAUUUAAUGGAUGAUCCACUCAGUGCUGUAGACGCACACGUAGGCCGACACUUGUUUGACAAAGUCAUUGGACCGCACGGUAUACUUAAACACAAAACACGAAUAUUAGUCACACAUAAGGCAUCCGUUCUGACAAAUGUCGAUCAAAUAGUUGUUCUCAAAAAUGGAUCAAUUUCUGAAUGCGGAACUUUUGAGGAAUUAGUCGCAAAUAAAGGAGAUUUCGCUGAAUUUGUCGCCGAAUACAUUCUUCAGCAAUCGGAAGAUGACAUUAAUGAUGAAGAGCUUAAUAUAAUUCAACAAUUGAGAGAAAGAGUUCAACCAUUUAUUGAAAGAUCGAUAUCAAAAAUAUCGGAAUUUUCCGACAGAAGCGAUAUUAGGCGACAAUUUUCAACACAACGAUCCACAAGUGUCACCAGUUCUAAGUCAAGAACCACUGAACAGAGUAAUCAAGAGUUAACACAAAAACCCAAAAUCAAAGACCAGAAGCCAAAUCGCGGACGACUUAUUGAGGCUGAAAUGGCUGAAACCGGAUCAGUUAAGUUUGAAGUCUACAAACAAUACUUCCAAAUGAUUGGGUUUGGUUUAAUUGGUAUUGUCUUAUCAGUCAAUGUUUGUGCAAAUGGAGCCACAAUUGCUUCUGGACUUUGGUUAACUAAUUGGGCUAACGAUGCACUCGAUCCUCAAAAGAUUAAUGAUUCGGGUUUAAGGGAUAUGAGAUUAGGUGUUUAUGCGGCCAUUGGUAUCAUUGAAACCAUAUUUUCGUUAUCAUCUCAUUUGUUAAUAAGUCUGUCCUGUAUUCGUGCGGCAAAACUAUUGCACAACAAAAUGCUGUUUCGUAUUCUUAGAGCUCCAAUGGCUUUCUUUGACACAACACCAACCGGAAGAAUAUUGAAUCGAUUCUCUAAAGAUGUCGAUACAGCAGAUAUGAACUUAUUGUUUAAUAUUCGUAUGAUUUUCAACACUUUCUUCAGAACAGUUGUUUCUUUUAUUUUGAUAAGUCUUGAAUCGCCUAUUAUUUUGGUUGCAAUUAUGCCUUUGGCUGUAAUGUAUUAUUUGGUUCAAAGGAUAUACAUAUCAACAUCUCGUCAAUUGAAGCGAAUUGAUUCAACGAGUCGUUCCCCAAUUUAUACACAUUUUAGUGAAACAGUAAACGGAUCGACAAGUAUUCGGGCGUUUGGAGCCACAGAUGAGUUCAUCCAAGAGUCAAAUAACAGAAUCGAUGCAAACCAUUGCUGUUAUUAUCCCAGUUUUACAGCGGGUCGUUGGCUGGCCAUUAGAUUAGAGUUUUUAGGUUAUUGUAUUGUGUUUUUAACCGCUAUAUUUGCUGUCUUAUCUCGCGAUACAUUGAGUCCAGGUAUAGCUGGUCUGGCUAUCAGCUAUUCAAUGACUGUUACGAGUGUGCUGUCUAUGCUAAUCACUAGUAUGACUAAUCUGGAGACUAAUAUUGUUGCAAUUGAAAGAAUCAUUGAAUAUACUACUACUCCGGUUGAGGCUGAUUUAUUUAACGAAGAUACUAAACCAGAGGACGACUGGCCCAACCAGGGAGUCAUAAAAUUUAAUAACUAUAGUACCAGAUAUAGGGAAGGACUAGAUUUAGUGCUCAACAAUAUAACACUUAAUGUAAAAUCGAGUGAAAAAGUAGGAAUUGUUGGCCGAACCGGUGCUGGAAAGUCAUCGCUUACUUUAGCACUGUUUAGACUCAUAGAGCCCGUCGACGGAAAUAUUUCUAUAGAUAAUAUAGAUAUUAGUAAAUUAGGUUUAAAUGAUUUGAGAUCCAAAUUAACAAUUAUACCACAAGAUCCGGCAUUAUUUACUGGUACUCUACGGAUAAAUUUAGAUCCAUUUAAUCAAUACACUGAUUCACAGUUAUGGAGAGCUAUAGAAUCAGCUCAUCUCAAGAGUUUUGUUGAAAGUCUUGAUAAUGGAUUAAAUUAUCAAAUAGCAGAAGGAGGAGAAAACUUGAGUGUCGGUCAAAAACAAUUGGUUUGUUUGGCCAGAGCUUUGCUCAGACGAUCCAAAGUCUUGGUUUUAGAUGAGGCCACAGCAGCUGUUGAUAUGGAAACUGAUGAUUUGAUUCAGGAAACAAUUAAAAAAGAGUUUUCAUUAUCAACUAUUGUAACAAUUGCUCAUCGAUUGAAUACAAUCAUUGAUUACGACAGAAUACUAGUGAUGGAUAAGGGAAUGGUAGCUGAGUUUGACUCACCAAACAAUUUGUUGGCCAAACCAGACUCCAUAUUCUUUUCAAUGGCUAAAGAAGCAAAUUUGGUCACUAAGUAAUCGAUACAAUUAAUAUAAAAUUUAUUAAACAAAUCAAUAUUAAUAUAAUAA